AUGCCGAAGACGAGAGCGCAAAAAAGGCGGAUUGGGGAGCGAGACGUGUGGAGUUUGAUCGUGAAUAACGACGAUGUGAGUUUCAAACACAUUCUUCCGAGAUUGAAUGCGACGGAUGUGAAAUUCUUGUACGGAGUGAAUAGUGAAACGAGAAAGUUGAUUAAGAGAUCCUCUCGCGCAAGUGAUUUGAAAAAGGGGUUUAAAGUUGAACAGAUGUCGUCGAUUUCGACUUUGGAGUUUUCGUGGGAGAAUAAACCGUUGUGGCCGAGUAACUGGAGCGAAACAAAUUUCUGCUAUCAGGUUGCUCAAACGAAUAAACUCGAGUUCCUCGAGUGGGCGCGAGAGGAGAAAAAGUGUAAGUGGGAUGAUUUGACGAUUAAAACGGCCGCACGUCAAGGUAAUCUGGAAAUGGUAAAGUAUUGCGUUGCAAAUGAGUGUCCUAUCGAUGCGUGGGCGUGUGCAAAUGCUGCCGGACACGGUCAUCUCGAGUGCCUCAAAUACUUACACGAAGAAGUCAAAGCGACUUGGGAUGCGGGUACUGGCAUUUGGGCGGCUGAAAAUGGUCAUCUCCACAUACUCGAAUACCUUGUUGAGCGAAAGUAUGAUGAAUAUGGCGUAGUUUUUGGAGAAGCGUGUAAGUAUGCAGCCGAGAACGGCCACUUAGACUGUUUGAAGUACUUGCACGAAACCACCAAAGCGCCUUGGGACGAGGACGCCGUUCGAGAAGCGCACGAAAACGACCGAAUCGAGUGUUUACAAUACCUUCUCGACAACGACUGUCCUCUCCCACCCGGUUGGCGAUACGAAGAUGGAGAGUUGCACGUGGUAGAAUCAGAAUCAGAAUCAGAAUCAGAAUAA